GGUCGUUCUUUGCGGGGGGAAUAAAUACUUUGCUUACCCCUUGACACAAAAAAUGGCUUGUAAAACCUAUUCUUCAAUUUUCAAGGCCUUAUUUACACAGCAUCGAUCGUUUUCUGCGACAAAGACUCCAGCAAAAGUUUGGACCUCAGAAGAAUCCAGAAAAUUACUAGAUCUUGUAGAGAUCCAUGGCACUAAUUGGGUGACGAUCCAGCAACAUUUCCUCGAUCGUAAUCGUAAAUCGUUGGGAGGUCGAUACCGAUCUUUAAUGAGCAAAAGUGCUGACGAACUUAAAAGCAUGGUCGAUACUGGACCACAAUCUCGAGUUUAUGAAAGUUGGACAAAAGGAGAAGACGCAAAGUUGUUGGCACUAGUGGAAGAACACGGGAUGCAAUGGACCAAAAUCAGCCAACAUUUUGAGAAUCGCACGGUGUCUACAGUAUCCCAACGAUACAACCGACUUACAGUGGGAUCAAAGAUUAAACGUGGGACUUGGACGCCUGACGAGAACACACAGCUUCAAUCACUUCGUCAACUUUAUGGGGAAGACUAUAAACAUAUUGCGAGUGUUAUGCAAUCACGUACUGCAGAUCAGUGUCGGGUCAGAGUAAAAUACUUGUUGACCUCUCCCGUGUCUGUCGGGAGCCUUAAGAAAAACCAACUAGAAAAUUUAAGAGAAGCGGUCAAAACAUACGGGACGGAAGAUUUCCGGUUGUUAAUUAAGAAAGCCAAUUUACCUUCCACCUUGAAUCACGAGGAACUGCGUAGAUAUUACUGGAGAGAAUUAGACCCUGCAAUCGAUACUAGCGAAUGGACAAAAGAACAGGUGGUUUCGAUGGUAAAUAUAUAUAAUGAGCUGGAUGGUUGUAUGGAACUUGUUCAGAUGAGAAUACCUGUGAAAAGAAGUUUAAAAGAUAUGUGGACUCACUAUCAUGCCCACGUCCUCAAUAAUGACUGACACACGAUUUUUUGUUUAUUAAUUAUGAUUAAAAAUGUCAGAAUAUAUAUAAGACCGUUUUUUAUAGGGGGUUAUAAAUAUAAGGA